UUUCCUUUUCACUGUUCGGCUGGUGUGUGUUUGUGCCGGAAAAUAAAACGUGGAUACAGGCCGAUCUUACGGCAGAACGGCUUAUCGUGGUUCGCAUUGCGUAGAGUGCAUAUUUUUAGGCCGCAUAACACUGCAUUGGUAGUUUCUUCCGUUUCUUACCACCACUGCCUUCGUUAGUCGUGCUGCUACCAACCAUGGAUACCUCACUAACCGCUUCGCAGAUUCGGAGCAUUUUCCUGAACUUCUUCAAGGAGAAGGAACAUCUGUACGUGCAUUCGUCGUCGGUAAUACCGCUCGAUGAUCCGACGCUACUGUUCGCGAAUGCGGGCAUGAACCAGUUCAAGCCCAUCUUUCUCGGUACGGUCGAUCCGAACAGCGACAUGGCUCGGUGGGUGCGGACGGCCAACACGCAGAAGUGCAUCCGUGCCGGCGGCAAGCACAACGAUCUGGACGACGUCGGUAAGGAUGUGUACCAUCAUACGUUCUUCGAGAUGCUGGGCAACUGGUCGUUCGGGGACUACUUCAAGAAGGAGAUCUGUACGUGGGCCUGGGAGUUGCUGACGGAUCGACUGAAGCUGCCGAAGGAGCGGCUGUACGUGACGUACUUCGGUGGGCAUCCGGAGUCGGGUUUGGAACCGGAUCUCGAGUGUCGCGAGAUUUGGUUGAAGCUGGGCGUGAAGGAGGAACACAUCCUGCCGGGAAGCAUGAAGGAUAACUUCUGGGAGAUGGGUGAGACGGGACCGUGCGGACCGUGUUCGGAGCUGCACUUUGAUCGUAUCGGUGAUCGAAGUGUACCGGAGCUGGUAAACAUGGACGAUCCGGAUGUGCUGGAAAUUUGGAAUUUGGUGUUCAUUCAGUACAACCGCGAGCAGGAUGGAUCGUUGAAGUUGCUGCCGAAGAAACACAUCGAUUGUGGUAUGGGGUUCGAGCGGUUGGUAUCGGUGAUACAGGACAAGCGGUCCAACUAUGAUACGGAUGUGUUUGUGCCGCUGUUCGAUGCGAUCCAGAAAGGAACGGGCGCUCCGGCUUAUCAGGGGCGCGUGGGAGCGGAUGAUAGUGAUGGUGUCGAUAUGGCUUACCGUGUGUUAGCGGAUCAUGCCCGUACGAUCACGAUCGCGCUUGCUGAUGGCGGCUUCCCAGAUAAUACUGGUCGUGGGUACGUGUUGCGACGCAUUUUGCGCCGUGCGGUACGUUAUGCGACAGAGAAGCUUAACGCAAAGCCCGGAUUCUUUGCGACGCUUGUCGAUACGGUUGUGUUGCUGCUGGGCGAUACUUUCCCGGAGGUGCGUAAAGAUCCGCUACACAUAAAGCACGUGAUCAAUGAGGAGGAGCAACAGUUCCUGAAGACGCUUACCCGUGGGCGCAAUCUGCUGAACAGGACGAUCGCCAAGCUGGGCGACAGUAAGGUAAUUCCGGGCGAUGUUGCAUGGCGGCUGUACGAUACGUACGGCUUUCCGAUCGAUCUGACCCAGCUGAUGACGGAGGAAAAGCAGAUGACGAUCGACAUGGAAGGGUACGAGAAGGCAAAGCACGAAUCGUACAUCAUUUCGCAGGGCAAGGAAAAGUCCAAGACGGCCACGAUCGAUCUGGAUGUGCACGCCAUCUCGGAGUUGCAGGAGCGCAAGGUACCGACGACGGAUGAUUCCGGCAAGUACCGGUACAAGGCGGAAUCGAUCGAUCCGUUAGCGCAGUACGUGUUCGAACCGUGCACCGGGCGUAUCGUGGCGCUGCGCCAUAACAAUGCCUUCGUGCAGGAGGUACUGGCCGGCCAGGAGUGUGGCGUUCUGCUGGAUCGCACGAACUUUUACGCGGAAAGUGGUGGCCAGAUCUACGACCAGGGCUAUCUGGUGAAGGUGAACGACGAGAGCAGCGAGUUUAAUGUGUCGCUCGUGUACAACCGCGGUGGCUACAUACUGCACAUCGGUGUCGUCGAAGGUACGUUGCGCGUGGGUGAUGAGGUCCACUGCCACAUGGAUAGCAUGCGCCGCCAGCUGACGAUGAAGAAUCAUUCGGCAACGCACGCGCUGAACCAUUCGCUGCUGCAGGUGCUUGGACAGGAUACGGAUCAGCGGGGUUCGUUGGUGGUGCCCGAGAAGCUGCGGUUCGAUUUCACCAACAAAUCGGCAAUGACAAUCGAACAGGUAGCCGAAGCCGAACGAUUAACGCGCGACGUUGUGAAGCGAAACGUGCAGGUGUAUGCGAAGGAAGCAAAGCUAUCCGUUGCUAAAACGAUCCGUGGCCUACGGUCCGUGUUCGAUGAAGUUUAUCCCGAUCCGGUGCGUGUGAUUUCGUUCGGCGUGCCGGUGGAACAGCUGGAAUCCGAUCCAACCGGUGAGGCGGGUGUGAUCAAUUCGGUUGAAUUUUGCGGCGGUACUCAUCUGCAUCAGUCGGGCCAUAUGGUAGAUUUCGUGAUUACAACCGAGGAAGCGAUCGCUAAAGGUAUCCGGCGUAUCGUCGCCCUUACCGGACCGGAAGCACUGAAGGCGCUGAAAAAGACGGAACUGUUGGAGCAGGAGCUUACCCAACUGAAAGCCACGAUCGAGAGUGAUAAGGAGGGCAAGGAUGCGAGAGAACACGUGAAGAAGAUUGUCGAGCUGACGGACGAUGUGUCGCAGGCAACUAUACCGUACGUGAAGAAGGACGAACUCCGCACGGUACUGAAGACGAUCAAGAAGACGCUCGACGAUAAGGAGCGUGUUGCGAGGGCAGCCGUUGCCAGCGGUGUCGUCGAGAAGGCAAAGGAACUGUCCCAAGCGCACCGUGACGCACCGUUUAUGGUGCAGCGGCUAGAAGCGCUCAACAACACGAAAGCGCUCGAUUCCGCGCUGAAGGAGGUGCGCAAGGUUAAUCCGGAACAGUCCGCCCUGUUCCUGUCGGUGGAUGAAGAGUCGAAAAAGAUCUUCUGUCUGGCAAGCGUACCGAAAUCGGCCGUCGAGAAGGGACUGAAGGCAAACGAAUGGAUCUCGCACAUUGCACCGGUAAUGGGUGGAAAGGGUGGCGGUAAACCCGAAUCGGCUCAAGCAUCCGGUGGUAAUUACGAUAAGGCGGACGAGAUUCUGGAGCUGGCACGCCUUUUCGCUGCUUCAAAGCUGGAGUAAACGUUCAUUAUCCGGUUUACAGACGCGGUAGUACAGGCUUAAAAUCAGAUCAACCUCAAAUGCAUUUCAUUGCCCCCCGAAAAGAAAACGGGGCCGGCAAACAAAUCACUCUCAAAUGCAUUUCGGUAUGUUGGCGCAAUACGUUUUUUACUCUUUUUUUUUCUUUCCGCACGAACAACGCAUCCGCUUAUUCGGGCUUAAUAAAGAUUAACGUUUAUUACACAGUAGAGAAA